AUGGAUGAUGCUGCUGUCCUUAAGAGAAGAGGCUACAUCAUGGGAAUAAAUCUGGGAGAGGGCUCGUAUGCAAAAGUGAAAUCUGCUUACUCUGAGCGCCUGAAGUUCAACGUGGCGGUCAAGAUCAUAGACCGGAAGAAAGCCCCCACUGAUUUCUUAGAGAAAUUCCUGCCCCGGGAGAUCGAGAUCCUGGCAAUGCUCAACCACCGUUCCAUCGUCAAGACCUACGAGAUCUUCGAGACGUCCGACGGCAAGGUCUACAUCAUCAUGGAGCUCGGGGUCCAAGGAGACCUCCUGGAGUUCAUCAAGACCCGGGGCGCCCUGCACGAAGACGACGCCCGGAAGAAGUUCCACCAGCUCUCCUCGGCCGUCAAGUACUGCCACGACCUGGACGUGGUCCACCGUGACCUCAAGUGCGAGAACCUCCUCCUGGACAAAGACUUCAACAUCAAGCUGUCCGACUUCGGGUUCUCCAAGCGCUGCGUUCGGGACGACGGCGGCCACAUCACGCUCAGCAAAACCUUCUGCGGGUCGGCGGCCUACGCGGCCCCCGAGGUGCUCCAGGGCAUCCCCUACCAGCCCAAGGUGUAUGACAUCUGGAGCCUGGGCGUGAUUCUCUACAUCAUGGUCUGCGGCUCCAUGCCCUAUGACGACUCCAACAUCAAGAAGAUGCUGCGUAUCCAGAAGGAGCACCGCGUCAACUUCCCCCGCUCCAAGCACCUGACGGGCGAGUGCAAGGACCUCAUCUACCGCAUGCUGCAGCCCGACGUCAGCCGGCGGCUGCACAUCGACGAGAUCCUCAGCCACUGCUGGGUGCAGCAGAGCAAGGCCAAGGCGCAGCAGCCCUCCACCUCCUCCAAGGAGUGGGAGAGCUCCCGCGGGGGGAAGGACACGCUCAAGGUCCCAGAGCUGCGCCCAGAGAAGAAGUCGGCCACCAAGGUGGAAAUAAAGGAGGAGCCCAGGUCGGAGGCGCUCCCGGAGAAGGAAGAGCCGGUGCAGGUGAUGAGGCAGUCGCAGACCCUGGGCUUCAACUCGGACGAGCCGGCCGCUGAGACCAAGCAAGGGGACCCCUCACCGGCUCCAGAGACCGUGCACACCUAA